ACAGAGCCGAGCCUGGUCCUGCUCCACACACAGAUGGGACCAUGAACUCCAGCCACGGCUUCAGCCAGACCUCCCUGGCCUCCCCCCAUGCCAUGGGGGCUGGCUGGGGCCGGCCAGGAAGCUUCCCCAGGGCUCCCAGCGUCCACGGAGGCGCAGGGGGCGUCCGUGUCUCCCUUUCCUUCACCCCGCCAAGACGUCAGCCCCCUGGAGGGUCUUGGGGGUCUGGAAGAGGCGGCUCCCUCCUGGGCGGAAAUGGGAAGGAGACCAUGCAGAACCUCAACGACCGGCUGGCCUCCUACCUGGACAAGGUGCGCGCCCUGGAGGAGGCCAACGCCGACCUGGAAAAUCGUAUCCUGCAGUGGCAUCAGCAGAGAGAACCUGGCGGUAAGAACGAUUACUCCCCGUACGAGGAAAGCAUCAGCCACCUGCAGGAACAGAUCGUGGACGGCAAGCUGACCAACGCACAGAUUGUCGUCCUCAUCGACAACGCCAGGAUGGCCGUGGAUGACUUCAGCCUCAAGUAUGAAAAUGAACACUCAUUUAAGAAAGACCUGGAAAUCAAAGUCGAGGGCCUCCGAAAGACCUUGGACAAUCUGACUAUUGUCACAACGGACCUGGAACAGGAGGUGGAAGGAAUGAGGAAGGAGCUUAUCCUCAUGAAGAAGCACCAUGAGCAGGAAAUGGAGGAGCACCAUGUGCCCCAGGACUUCAAGGUCAAUGUGAAGGUGGCUGCAGCCCCAGGGGAGGACCUGACGAAGGUCCUGGAGGACAUGAGGCAGGAAUACGAGUUUAUAAUAAAGAAGAAGCAUCAAGAGUUGGACGCCUGGUUUAAAGAGCAGUCAGCAGCCGUGUCCCAGGAGGCAGCCAGUCCAGCAGCCGUGCAGAGCAGCCCCAGCGACAUCCACGAGCUGAGGCGCACGUUCCAGGCCCUAGAGAUUGACCUGCAGGCGCAGCACAACAGGAAAUCUGCUUUGGAAAGCAUGUUGUCAGAGACGCAGUCUCGGUACUCCCGCCAGCUCCGGGACAUGCAGCAGGUCAUCUCCCACUACGAGGAGGAGCUGAUGCAGCUGCGCCGUGACCUGGAGCGCCAGAACAAUGAGUACAAGGUGCUCCUGGGCAUCAAGACCCACCUGGAGAAGGAAAUCGCCACCUACCGCCAGCUCCUGGAGGGAGACAGCCGAGGGACGACAGAAGAAUCUGAAUCAAGUGUGAAAGCAUCUGAAGUUUCAAAGAUCAAGGCCAUCACCCAGGAGACCAUCAAUGGAAGAAUAGUUCAUUCUCAAGUGAAUGAGAUCCAAAAGCAUACAUGAGGCCAAAGCAUCUGCCUGUUGUAAAAACGACUUUUCCCCAAUGGAAAGUUUUUGCCCAGAAACUAAUGGGUGAGUCCUAAAUGGUAUCCAUGGAGUUUAUCGAAUUCAGAAAUUUUUAUUUUUUCUUGGUAACUAUCUCACCAGACUUCCCAAAUACUCCCAACGUACCGCUGCACUUUUUUGAGUCAAAGCGUGAAGUUUAUCUGUUCAAAGCCCUAGUUUCUUAUAACAAUCUUCAGAUUCCCAUCC